GCGAAUAUGAGGUCAGGGACCUCAGAUCCUCUUAACCUUUCAUCUCUUGCUUCCAGACUAUGUGCGGUCCUGCCUCAUGGACAAUGGGGUUGGGUACCGGGGCACUGUGGCAACAACAGCAGGUGGCCUGCCCUGCCAAGCUUGGAGACACAGGUUCCCUAACGACCACAAGUAUACUCCCACACUUCGGAACGGCCUGGAAGAGAACUUCUGCCGCAAUCCUGACGGGGACCCUGGAGGUCCCUGGUGCUACACGACAAACCCUGAAGUGCGCUUCCAAAGCUGUGGCAUCAAGUCCUGCCAGGAGGCUGCUUGCAUUUGGUGCAACGGCGAAGAUUACCGCGGCGCGGUGGACCGUACAGAGUCGGGACGCGAGUGCCAGCGCUGGGACCUGCAGCACCCCCAUUCGCAUCCCUUCGAGCCUGGCAAGUUUCCGGACCAAGGUCUGGAUGACAACUAUUGCCGAAAUCCUGAUGGAUCUGAGCGACCCUGGUGCUACACUACAGACCCGCAGCUCGAGCGAGAAUUCUGCGACCUCCCCCGUUGUGGAUCCGAGGCACAACCAAGCCGCGAGGCCACAACAUUCAGCUGCUUCCGCGGGAAGGGUGAGGGCUAUCGGGGCACAGCCAAUACUACCACUACAGGCGUGCCUUGCCAGCGUUGGGACGCUCAGAGCCCGCAUCAGCACCGGUUUGCGCCAGAAAAAUACGCUUGCAAGGACCUUCGGGAGAACUUCUGCCGAAACCCAGACGGCUCCGAGGCGCCCUGGUGCUUCACCUCACGGCCUGGUAUGCGCGUGGCUUUUUGCUACCAGAUCCAGCGYUGUACUGACGACGUGCGGCCGGAGGGUAAGGCCCGAGCAGAAGGAAUAGAGGCGCCAAGCCUGAGGGUCAGGGCGAGGACUGGAGCUGACCGCUGCUCUUGCCCGCCCAUGGCAGAUUGUUACCACGGCUCAGGUGAGCAGUACCGCGGCUCAGUAAGCAAGACCCGCAAGGGUGUCCAGUGCCAGCGCUGGUCUGCUGAGACGCCGCACAAGCCUCAAUACACGCCCUCCUCAGUUCCUCAAGCUCAACUGAAGGAAAACUUCUGCCGGAAUCCAGAUGGGGAUAGUCACGGGCCAUGGUGCUACACCAUUGACCCAGGGACUCCGUUUGACUAUUGUGCCCUUCGACGCUGCAAUGAUGACCAGCCACUGUCCAUCCUAGAUCCCCCAGACCAGGUACAGUUUGAGAAAUGCGGCAAGAGGGUGGACAGGCUGGAUCAGCGGCGCUCCAGGCUCCGUGUGGUGGGGGGCCAUCCUGGGAACUCACCCUGGACAGUCAGUUUGCGUAAUCGGCAGGGACAACAUUUCUGUGGAGGGUCCCUAGUAAAGGAACAGUGGGUACUGUCUGCCCGGCAAUGCUUCUCAUCCUGCCAUGAACCUCUCACGGGAUAUGAAGUGUGGUUGGGCACCCUGUUUCAGAACCCACAGCCAGGGGAGCCAGGCUUACAGCAGAUCCCAGUGGCCAAGAUGGUGUGUGGGCCCUCAGGCUCCCAGCUUGUCCUGCUCAAGCUGAAGAGAUCGGUGAUCCUGAACCAGCGUGUGGCCCUGAUCUGCCUACCCCCUGAGCGAUAUGUGGUGCCUCCAGGGACCAAGUGUGAGAUUGCAGGCUGGGGCGAGACCAAAGGUACAAGUGAUGAUGUGGUCCUAAAUGUGGCCUUGCUGAAAGUCAUCUCCAACCAGAAGUGUAAUGUCAAGCAUCGAGGACGUGUCCRAGAGCACGAGAUGUGCACUGAGGGAUUAUUGGUCCCUAUGGGGGCCUGUGAGGGUGACUACGGUGGCCCACUUGCCUGCUUUACCCAUGACUGCUGGGUCCUGGAGGGAAUUAUAAUCCCCAACCGAGUGUGUGCUCGGCCCGGCUGGCCAGCCAUCUUCACGCGUGUCUCUGUGUUUGUGGACUGGAUUCACAAAGUCAUACAGCUGGGCUAGGCCUGGUCUUAACCUCUUGCGUUAGGGAGCACAAAACUUGUCAGACAUAAAGCCACCUUUUCUCUUUACACCUGUGGAGAAUGCCUCUUAGCUCUGCUUCUAGGGAAUAAGUUUGUGACUCCUUAUUAGGGCCUGGGUGGCUGGAGCCCAGCAACCAUUGGCUAGGUGGUCUGACCCUGGAAGUACUUUUGCCUGUGGGUUCUUUGGAGGUGCAAGGUCUCAUGCAUCCUCCAGAGGUACUUUUGGGAGUAGAGGGUGGUACAGAGCAGAUUCUAACUGAAAAGACAAUAGCCGAAGAAGCUAGCCUGGUGCAGAGUCCCAUUUGGCCAAAACUGACAGGUGCAGAGCCUCUCACUUCCCUCUGCUCUGACACUGGAGACACAUGAAGCCCUUGUA